CACACAUCCAUACCGCCUCCCCCCCUCCAAACCCAUCACCACCCACCUGCCCCAUUCGCUCCUUCUUCCUCGCCUCACCUCGCCACCAUUCUUGCAUCUCUUGCACACAGUUCUUGCUGCUCUUCCGCAUGUGUCUCUCUCUGCUCAUCCAUUUCUAGCAAUCUAGAUAAAGAGUUAAUGCUGCUCUUUUGAGAGACCUACUGGACACCGCUUCCCCACCCAUUACGCCUUAGCCCAACCUCGAGAAAAACCUUUGCAGCAUGUAACGCAGUCCCUAUCCGAAAUCCAAACCCAACCCCAAAAAAUCACAAAAAAAGAAGAAGCAACUUUCAAGAUCUCCAAAAGCAUCGGCGGUGCGAAGCAAAGCGUAAGUUGGUAGACUGGAUACACCCCCACUAAUUCCUUAGCACAAAACCAACAAAAGCCUCCGGAUCAUGUAAGUUUCGCCACUAUCUUUGCUUGACACGCCCAGCUGAAAAAAAAACAAAAAAAAGUAGCAGUAGGAAGAAAAUCCAGCAUAUAUCUUUAGCAGCAGCCGAGUCCAUCAGCAGUCGCGGUCCAGCGAUCCUGCUGGAGCCAAUCCGGCCAUUGUCGUAGCAUUACCCCUGCAAAAACCAUCAAAUCAUGUAAUUAGUAGCCCGUCGUCUCCCAUUUCUGCUGCUCGGCCAGUAGUCUAAAAAAACCCAAAAAAACAGUGUGUGUUUGAGAGUGAGAGGAAGAGAGAAAGAGAGGAAACAGCUAGAGCUCCCUCGAGGUCGUCAGUGAUGGAGCCGGGGUCGACGCCGCCGAACGGGUCGGCGCCGGCGACGCCGGGCACGCCAGCGCCGCUGUUCUCCGGCGGGCCGCGGGUGGACUCGCUGUCGUACGAGCGCAAGUCGAUGCCGCGGUGCAGGUGCCUGCCGGCGGUGGAGGGGUGGGGGCUGGCCACGCACACCUGCGUCGUCGAGAUCCCCGCGCCGGACGUCUCGCUCACCCGCAAGCUGGGCGCGGAGUUCAUGGGCACGUUCAUCCUCAUCUUCUUCGCGACGGCGGCGCCGAUCGUGAACCAGAAGUACGGCGGCGUGAUCAGCCCGUUCGGGAACGCGGCGUGCGCGGGGCUGGCGGUGACCAUCAUCAUCCUGUCGACGGGCCACAUCUCGGGCGCCCACCUCAACCCGUCCCUCACCAUCGCCUUCGCCGCGCUGCGCCACUUCCCCUGGCUCCAGGUGCCCGCCUACGUGUCCGUCCAGGUGCUCGGCUCCAUCUGCGCCAGCUUCGCGCUCAAGGGCGUCUUCCACCCCUUCCUCUCCGGCGGGGUCACCGUGCCGGACGUCACCAUCUCCACCGCCCAGGCGUUCUUCACCGAGUUCAUCAUCACCUUCAACCUCCUCUUCGUCGUCACUGCCGUCGCCACCGACACCCGCGCUGUGGGUGAGCUCGCCGGGAUCGCGGUCGGAGCGGCCGUGACGCUGAACAUCCUCGUGGCCGGGCCGACGACGGGCGGGUCGAUGAACCCGGUGAGGACGCUGGGGCCGGCGGUGGCGGCGGGGAACUACCGGCAGCUGUGGAUCUACUUGCUGGCGCCGACGCUCGGCGCGGUGGCGGGGGCCGGCGUGUACACCGCCGUGAAGCUCAGGGACGAGAACGGCGAGACACCGCGGACGCAGCGCAGCUUCCGCCGCUGACGACGCGAUCGGUCGAGCAUUGUCCGGCCGUGUCGCCGUCCCCUCCACGUACGUACUUGCAGGCUUGCAGCCACGUCGAUCGUGUCCGUGGUACGUUCGUUCCGUGUCAGUGUCAAGUUGGUACGUGUACCGUGUAACAAUAAGCCCCGGCCGUUUUGCUUCGUCCAGAACGGCCGGCCGGCGUGCGUCCAGUGCUUUGAAUUUGUGUGGUCUGUGUCGUGGAUUACUCUGAGUCGUCAAGAGUCGUGUAUGCGUUUUGAACAAUCUCUCGGGUUCGAUUUUGAUGCGAUCGGUGAUCGUGUCGGAAUAAAAGCCACGCCGAUGCGCCGGCUGACGGGCAUCUGGAUGUGUGAUAAAUUUGUCAAGA